GAGGCUUGCUGAGGCGAGGCGGCGGCCGGGCCGGACCGAGCCACAGGCGGUGGCGGCGGGACUAUGGAGGCGGCGGCCGCUGCUCCGCGUCCCCGGCUGCUCCUCCUCGUGUUGGCGGCGGCGGCGACGCUGGUCCCGGGGACGACGGCAUUACAGUGUUUCUGCCACCUUUGUACAAAAGACAAUUUUACUUGUGUGACAGAUGGGCUCUGCUUUGUCUCUGUCACAGAGACCACAGACAAAGUUAUACACAAUAGCAUGUGUAUAGCUGAAAUUGACCUAAUUCCUCGAGACAGACCAUUUGUAUGUGCACCAUCUUCAAAAACUGGGUCUGUUACUACAACCUAUUGCUGCAACCAGGACCAUUGCAAUAAAAUAGAACUCCCAACUGUUGGCUCUUUUUCAGGAAAGCCAUCAUCUGGCCUUGGUCCCGUCGAACUGGCAGCUGUCAUUGCUGGACCAGUCUGCUUUGUCUGCAUCUCACUCAUGUUGAUGGUUUAUAUCUGCCAUAACCGUACUGUCAUUCACCAUCGCGUGCCAAAUGAAGAGGAUCCUUCCUUAGAUCGCCCUUUUAUUUCAGAGGGCACUACAUUAAAAGAUUUAAUAUAUGAUAUGACGACAUCAGGUUCUGGAUCAGGUUUACCUCUGCUCGUUCAGAGAACAAUUGCAAGAACUAUUGUGUUACAAGAAAGUAUUGGCAAAGGUCGAUUUGGAGAAGUUUGGCGAGGAAAGUGGAGAGGAGAAGAAGUUGCUGUUAAAAUAUUCUCCUCUAGAGAAGAGCGCUCAUGGUUCCGUGAGGCAGAGAUUUAUCAGACUGUAAUGUUACGUCAUGAAAACAUCUUGGGAUUUAUAGCAGCAGACAAUAAAGAUAAUGGCACAUGGACUCAGCUCUGGUUGGUGUCAGAUUAUCAUGAGCAUGGAUCCCUUUUUGAUUAUUUGAACAGAUAUACAGUUACUGUGGAAGGAAUGAUAAAACUUGCUUUGUCCACAGCAAGUGGACUUGCCCAUCUCCACAUGGAGAUUGUUGGUACCCAAGGGAAGCCAGCCAUUGCUCAUAGAGAUUUGAAAUCCAAGAAUAUCUUGGUAAAGAAGAAUGGAACUUGCUGUAUUGCAGACUUAGGACUGGCAGUGAGACACGAUUCAGCCACAGAUACAAUUGAUAUUGCUCCAAAUCACAGAGUGGGAACAAAAAGGUACAUGGCCCCUGAAGUUCUAGAUGAUUCCAUAAAUAUGAAACACUUUGAAUCCUUCAAACGUGCCGACAUCUAUGCAAUGGGCUUAGUAUUCUGGGAAAUAGCUCGACGAUGUUCCAUUGGUGGAAUUCAUGAAGAUUACCAGCUGCCUUAUUAUGAUCUUGUACCUUCUGAUCCAUCAGUUGAAGAAAUGAGAAAAGUUGUUUGUGAACAGAAGUUAAGGCCAAAUAUUCCAAACAGAUGGCAGAGUUGUGAAGCUUUGAGAGUAAUGGCUAAAAUUAUGAGAGAAUGUUGGUAUGCCAACGGAGCAGCGAGGCUUACGGCUUUGCGUAUUAAGAAAACAUUGUCACAACUCAGUCAACAGGAAGGCAUCAAAAUGUAGUUCUGCAGCUUUGCCUGAACUCUGCUUUUCCUUCAGAUCUGCUCCUGGGUUUUAAUUUGGGAGGUCAAUUGUUCUACCUCACUGAGAGGGAAUAGAAGGAUAUUGCUUCCUUUUGCAACAGUGUAAUAAGGUCAUCGAGAAACUCCCCAGGAUUUCUUUGGACCCAGGAAACAGCCCCGUGGGUCCUUUCUGUGCACUAUGAACACUUCUUUCCCAGGACAGUUACAAAAUGUUGUGUAGUCUACCUUUAUUUUUUAUUAACACAAAACUUGUUUUUUUUGUUUUUUUUUUUUAAAGAUGAUUGCUGGUCUUAACUUUAGGUUAACUCUGCUGUGCUGAAGAUCAUCUUUAAGGGUAAAGGAGCUGGAUUGUUGAGUUAUACAAAACAUUUCUUUUUUUUAAAGAAAGUGAUUUAUUCCUGGUUAGUACAUUCUCAGAGGAUUCUGAACCACUAAAGAGUUCCUUGAUUCAGACUUUGAAUGUACUGUUCUAUAAUUUUCAGGAUCUUAAAACUAACACUUAUAAAACUCUUAUCUUGAGUCUAAAAAUGACCUCAUAUAGUAGUGAGGAACAUAAUUUAUGCAAUUGUAUUUUGUAUACUAUUACUGUUCUUUCACAUAUUCAGAACAUUACAUGCCUUCAAAAUGGGAUUGUACUAUACCAGUAAGUGCCGCUUCUGUGUCUUUCUAAUGCUUACAGUCUGUGUGUCUUAAAAGCUGUAGUAUUUUAAUUCAAAAAAUUUAUUUAUCUGGGUAACCCAGACUUUUCUGUUUUGUUUUUUGGAAGGUUUUUUGUAGUAUGUCAUUUGGUGUUCCAUUUUGAAAAUGCCUUUCUCCUACCAAAAUGUGCUUAAACCACUAAAGAAAUGAAGUGGCAUUAAUUGAUAAAUGUUAUCAUGGUCAUUUUUUAAUAUUCUCACAUCAAGCUUUUGCAUCUAAAUUGUGUUGUCUAAGUAUACCUUGAAAAAAUAAAGUGGCACUGUAGAUGCUUAUAGUACUCUAAUAAUUUAAAACUUGUAGCAU